AUGAUUACUUCGUCAUUGGUCUCGAUUGUCCUUCUCGUGUCAACGUUUGGGGCAGCCUUUGACCCUUUGAAACAUUCAGGCAAUGCAUCGCCCUACUUUGACGCGCCUACACUUCCAGGCCUUGGUCCAGAGACCCCUGCGGGAUGUGUGGUCGACCAGGCAGCGUAUUUUGUGCGCCAUGGGUCUCGCUACCCGGAACCUAGCUCGUUCGUUGGCUGGCAAGACCUCUUCUGGAAGAUUCAAAAUGCAACAUUCAUCGCCCAUGGACCUUUGGCGUUCCUUCCUACAUGGAAUUUGCCUGUAGACAAUGUCGAUCAUCAGCCACUUUUUCUUUCUUCUACUGGCGCGCAAGAAUCAUUCGAUCUCGGUGUCGAGCUUCGUAAACGUUAUGAGUUUACCACUGGCGGAGGAAAUUUCACCGCAUGGUCAGCUGGUGAACAACGUGUCGUCGAUACUGCAACAUAUUUCCUACGAGGUUACCUUUCAGACGGGAAUUACAUUGCAGACCCCUCGCUCAAUCGAGGACAUUUAAUUGUCCUGCCCGACUCAUUGACCGCAGAGCAAGCCAUCAAUGCAACCAACGGUACAUUCGCUGACUCGUUAACGCCCUCUGCUUCUUGCCCACCCUAUACUGUCUUCAGCAAUAACGGAUCCGCAGCCGCUUCUACUUUCCGUGCUACGUACCAAAAUCGCACUGCUGCGAGGAUCAACUCGUUCUUGCAAGGAAAUCUAACUUUUGAUGCUACAGACAUUGGCGUGAUGCAAGAUCUUUGUGGGUUCGGAUAUGAAAUUAAUGGUGAUAGGCGAUUCUGUGAUAUCUUCACCGGCGAAGAAUGGCUCGAUUAUGAAUACGCCGACGACCUAAAUUACUACUACGGAUCGGGUCCUGGAAAUCCAUUAUCCGCUGUCACUGGUUACCCUUGGAUCAAGGCCAUCAGCGACCUUUUCGAAGUAGGACCAAAUAAUACUGUCUCGAACGGUACACUCAUACCUCCACCUCUCAUCAUGGGGUUUUCGCAUGACAACAACCUGCCUCCACUCGUUUCUGCACUCGGACUCUGGAACGAUACUAUCCUCUCCUUGACUCAGCGCGACACGAACCCCCUGCGACAAUUUCGCAGUGGGCACCUUGUUGCAUUCAGAGGCUACUUGGCGCUUGAGCGGUUAACUUGUUCUACUCCACGGCCCGACUUGAACAAUUCCGGAAUCUUUCACCAGGCUGGCGUCCUCGGUGGUGCUGUCGUCAAUUUGAACGACACUGCCGUCGCCUCUCCUAAUAUCUCUUCGACCACUACUCCUCAGUUUUAUGUCCGUGUUCGAGCAGAUAACGCUCCGAUUCCAGUUCCUUCAUGCUCUUCGGGACCUGGACAAACGUGUCUUUUAGCGCAGUUCAUCGAGAAGGUGAACGGGCCGUUGGCGAACUCUGCUGGAGACUUUAUGGAGGUCUGUGGAUUGGCGAACGUGACUGGGUCAGGCGUCAGUGGAAUUAGUGGAAAUGGGAGUAGUGUCAGGUUUUUGACGACCAAGGGAGAUGGGACAGAAAUUCUUGCGGGGUUGAAUUGA